AUGGAAGUGUUGGAAGGAAGCCUUCAGCAAGUGGGAGUUGGGGAGUUGGCGAUUCUCACCAAUGGCUUUCAGCUUUUUCGAUCCAGCACAGCAAUGUUCGAGCAGCUGACGAAGCUUCGUGAGUUCGCAAAGGGAAACAAGGCACGCUUGGCAGCCGAAGAGUUUGACAAAUUCUGUGCCAAGGUCACCAAUGAAGGAUUUGAUGUCGCAUCGCUCAGCUUUGCUGAGUUGGACGUUUGCGUCUCAGAGAUGAAGGACAUGGAUGAAGACAAAUCCGUCAAGAUGGUUUCCUUGGUUCCUGUGGUAUUGAGAGCUUUGAAGCAUCAGGUCAACGCCAAUUCCAGCGACGGGGUAACUGCUGGCAGCAAAGCUGCAGAGAUUGUUGCCAAAAGGCUCAAGGCUGGCGCAUUGAGCCAGUACAUGACUCUUGCGGCUGAAAUUGCAACUACUGGAAUGGCUUUGAGGGACUUCGUUUCAAAUAUCCCAGCUGAUGGUGAUGCGGCUUCUCGAAUUGCGAAGGAUGCCAGUGGACACCUCUUGUCAUCAAUCCUCUUGUCUUGCAAGCGGUUGUGGCAACAGCUUGAGAAGGCCAGGCUUGUAGAAGCCGAUCAGCCGGGGACUUUGAAAGGCGAGUUGAGCUUUGUCAAUCUAUUUGACAAAGAACUUGAGAGCGACCUGUGGUUGGACAUGUGCAAGCUCCAGAUGGCCAAAGCCAAGGAGAGUCUCAAUCUGGCCUUGGCAGAGUUCAAGAAGAUCUCGAAGGGCUACUCAGAGGAAUCUACGUCGUGGAAGAAAGAUGUCACUGAAGCCAUGGAGGUGAAAGCAGUGAUUGAGAUUGCAGAGAAAUCGAUCCUCUGUAUGCCAGCAGCUCAAGUUCAAUCCAAAUUGGAGAUGUGCAACAAGGCUUCGGCUUGUUUUGCAACCUGUUUUGCAACCUACCCAACAACAUAUGAAUAUUAACACUGAGUACUGUAGAUAGCAGGCUGAAAUCACCUCAUUUACUAAUAUAUUAUAUAUUAUAUUAUAUAUAUAGUCAU